GGGGGCGUAAACUUCCUGGUUGGGAUUUUACUUUCUGUCAACAGAAGCCGUGACGAAGUUCAGCUAAGGCGACGUGUUUGAGGAAAACUUCGGCUCUGUUUUAGUACCGAUUCUUUGCUCCGAACCGUUUUGAAUUCACUUUUCAGGCGUCGCGCUUCUCUCAGAUGUGAAAAUGACUUUUUGGAGAGUCCUCCUGGUAGCGACUGUGUCUACAUGUUGGCUGAUAGUGUCUAUCGCCGCAGAUGCGGCCCCAACUAACAGCAGCAGCAGUAGCAACAUCACCAAGAAUGCCAAACCCGUCGCGGUGAACUCCAGCCAGGGAAACUCCUCGCUGGGUAAAAACGAAUUGCCCAAAAGCUUCGGGGUGGACGGCUCCAUGAUCCAGAGGGCCCUGUACGUCCUCAUCGGUAUCACCAUAAUCGGAGUCCUUUACUUCCUGAUCCGAGCUGUGAGGUUGAAGAAGCCCGCCCAGAGGAAGAAGUACGGUCUACUGUCAAACUACGACGACUCGGUGGAAAUGGAGGCAGUGGAGAGCGAGGAAGACGACACCCUGUACGAAGCUCGCAGCCUGCGCAGAUGAGUCCUGCUGCGCCACGUCCAAAGGAUCAGAGCCGCUGCCCUAUCAACAGGCCGUAUUGAUUCCGGACCAGCUGGAAGAGGACGAGAACAGACCAAACAGUCGCUGAAGAUAAAAAGCCAAAAAACUUGAAGCUGCUUGAAGAAACUGAGCAGGAUAAUCAUUCUUUUUUUAAAUGUGGGGUUGGAUGUUAGAAAUGCUGCUUUCAAGAAGCAGAUGGAACAAGUUGGUGGAUCCUCCUGAGACCAAACCUUUCUCUUAUCUUUCUUUAAGAUCGUUUGUUUUUUUCUUUAGAAUAAUUUCUUUAGGAAUUCUUUUGUUGUAUUACUUCAUCUUGAGUAUUUUUGAGUAUUUUUGGGUCUGACUUUGCGCUUUGAACUACUGACAUGCUGCCGUGCAGAGAGACCCCUCCCUCCCAGCAGGGGGCAGCAGGGAUUGGUCGGGAUCUGUCCUUCAUCCUGCUCAGAUAACGAGUGUUUGGAAGCCUGUUUGGUAUUGAUGUUGAUUUUCUGGCAUAUUCAAGUCGAAAGGAUGACAGUAAAACUUUGUACAUAUAUCCGAUUUCUAAUGACUUUUUCAGGCUCUUUGAUGUCACCUUUAACGAUGUGAUUAAAAUCUUAUUUUGAAUAAAGAAAUAAAUUAUCA